AUGGACUCUGAAGAAGAAGCCACUGACACUGAAUCAGAUGAUGAAGAAUUCUACAAAAAGAUUGGAAAAAGCAAUGCUUAUGUUGCCAUUAAAACAGCAAAGAAUAUCAGCGAAUCAGAUACUGAUGAUGAUGCUUCAAGUUACAAUGAUUCAAGCGAUGAUGAACCGAUCGCCUUCUGUCUCAUGGCAAAAUCUUCUAAGGAUCAGCUAUCCACAAAACACCAAAUAUCCAUGAACAAAUAUUCUCCUGAAUAUAUAUCUUAUGCCAAGCUAGUAAAAAUUGCUAAAUCUCAACAUGAUGAACUUGAAAUGCUUGAGAGAAAUCUCAGGAAAACUGAAGGAUUACUAGUCGAAGAGAUGGAGAAGAAUCAAAAGUUGAUCGAAGAGCAAGAUGCUUUUUCAUCAACUAUUGAAGAUCUUACCAAUCGAUAUGAUUCACUUGCGGUUGACUAUGAGAGCUUAUAA